AUGAUUGAAAUCAGACGUCCUCUAUCAGAAAAGAAUUUGGGCAACAGAUCAAGCAAGGAAUUACAAAGACCUAAUUCAUCAAAUUAAUCUAAUUCAUAAUAAAAAUAGACUUUGUAGACUAUGAAAAGUUCAAUACAAUUAUAAAAGCAGAGCCAAAAUUUUUAUUCCAAAUAUUUUAGUUAUAAGGAUUAAAAGGAAAAUAUUGAAAUACGAUCCAAUCAAGAUAGAAAUCAAUCAUCCAAAUAAUCCCCUUAGGAAUACUAGAAAUUAUAAGACAAAUUACUCUAUUUAGAGAAUAAAAUCCAGUCCAUUAAAUCCCAUAUUGAUAAUAGUUAAAGACAAACAAAAAAUAAUCUUGCUUCUAAAUUUUUUGGAUAAAACACAAAAAAUAACCAAACCUCAACUUCAGUUCAAAAAACAGUGUCAAUUGAUUUUACGAACAGAGGAUAAAAGGAAUAACAAAUUCAUUAGCAAACUAAAGAAUAAAGAGAUUACACACCUGUGUAAUAAAAUAAAUUGAAAUCAAGCACUCUAAUAAACAAUGAAAAUAAAAUUGAAGGCAUUAUCAUUAAAAAGCCCAGUCUAUCAACAUUUGUUACUUAAGUCAAGGCUCCUUUAAAUGAAAAUAAAACUAAUUUUAAGAAUUUGAGACCAGAAUCAGCUAAGGCCAGCAAUUCAAUAAAAGAAAAUUUUAGAAGGAAAACCUCUUAAGAGAAAAAUAAUGAAACAGCAUUUUUAUAUUACUUUUCUUCGAUCAUCAAAGGUUAUAUGCAAGUCGAAAUCAACAGACCUAUUGAACUGAUUAGGGAGCAUCUAUUAUAAACUAUGUAAGCUUCAAUUUUUUAAAAAUCAGUAAAAAUAGCAAAUAGUUUUGAGGAUAAAAAAGUGAAUUUACCCAGCACGAAUAAGAAAACUAUAGUGUUUGAUUUAGAUGAAACAUUAAUCCAUUGUAAUGAGUCUGUUCAAAUACCUGGGGAUGUCAUUUUACCUAUAAAAUUUCCAUCUGGAGAAAUCAUUGAAGCAUCAAUCAAUAUCAGACCGUAUGCAUAGUAGGUAUUACAGACUUUGAACAAGCACUUUGAAAUAAUAGUGUUUACUGCUUCUCAUUCUUGUUAUGCGAAUGUUGUCAUUGACUAUUUGGAUCCAAACAAGAAUAUUAUAUCCCAUCGAUUCUUUAGAGAUAGUUGUGUCCAAACAGAGGAGGGUGCCUACAUCAAAGAUUUGAGAGUGAUUGGAAACAGAGCUAUGAAUGAUAUGGUUUUAGUUGACAAUGCAGCUUACUCAUUCUGCCUGUAACCUUUAAAUGGGAUUCCGAUCAUAAACUAUUAUGACAACAAGAUGGACCAAGAAUUGCUGUAUUUAUAGAAUUACGUGAUGUCUUUAAGGUCAGUAAGGGAUGUGAGAUAAUAUAAUUGUCAGAAUCUAAAAUUGGAUAAAUUAUCCUAAUUUUCAGAUCCAAUAGAAUUGUUGCAAUAAUUGUACAAAGAGUAUAUUCCUUGA